AUGGCUUCUGUCGGCAACACUGCCUUUCCACAGUUCAAGCGGAACAUCUCGAAUGACCCACUCUCUCGGGAGGGGAAUGCGAACGGUGAUACCAUCGACUCAAACACUGCAGAUCCUGAACUACUGGCCGGCCAAGCGCCCCAAGACGAUGCGCCUGAUACCAGCCUUUUCGAGGAGAGUGAGGUGCCAACAUCGACUAAUUCGCCGGCGAGCACACCACGUCUAUCGAGCAAAAGACGGAAAAGAAUCGUUGGCGGCAAACCGAAGCGUGUCCGUACGGGCUGUCUGACAUGUCGAGAGCGCCAUCUGAAAUGCGACGAGACUUCGCACCGGUGUCAGAAUUGUCGCAAAUCAGGGAGAAUAUGCAGACGUGGCGUUCGUUUGAAUUUUAUUGAUACACAGACCGUGGCGCCUCCACACUGUAUCCCUCGCCCUCCUGGCGCAUCUGUCACUUUCCGGGAUGAAUCCAGAGUCAUCGCGUCAGAGUAUGUGGGUGGAGCCGAGAGAUAUCCCCCUCCGGGAAUGGAACCUCCUUUGGAAUUGUCUUUGCCGUCAGAAUAUCCCUCUCUGAUAAGUCCCUCGAUGGACAGCAUGCCUUCGCUGUUUGGAAUCACUCAGAUUUCGCUGCCUGAUCAAAGCGGUAACUUCGACGGUCAUGCGCUGUCGAUGGAUUAUUCUGUCUUCCCUGAUCAGGGUGCUUCAUACGCCCCAUUCAAGUCAGCGAAGGUUGGAGCAAAGGGCUCGAAUGACCGUGUAUAUCUCAACGACCCCGAAGACAUCUUGCUGUUGCGGGUCUUCGUCGAGGAGGUGGGGCUGUGCAUGGAUUCUAUGGAUGCAGUCAAGCAUUUCACCCAAAUAUUGCCAUUUCACGCAUUGGAGGAGCCUAUGCUUCUGAAAGCGUUUAUGGCAUGCGGUGCUCGACACCUGUAUCUGGUCAAUCCUGCGUACGGCGAAGAGAGGGCGACGUACUUUCAUGACAUAGCUUCCCGAGACCUACUCCACUCCUUGCAAGAUCCGGAUCGUGAUUCUGCACUGUGUGCUACAACCGCUGUCGUCCUCAAUGUAUACGAAUUAAUGAGCUCCCGCUCGAUUCAGGACAUGAAUCAUAUUGCAGGCGCAAGAGCGCUCAUUAAGGAAUGUCACUGGGAUGCAAGAUCCCCGGGCUUGGGCGGUGCCUGUUUCUGGCUCAAUGUUGGCAUGGAGCUGCUCAUUUGCAUGCGGUACAAUUGGGCCUUGGCCUGGGAUCCUGAUACCUGGGGUGUAAAGAUGACUAUGGACCCAGCGGAGCCCAGCAUCGCGGGCAACGAAGAAAUGUGGACCCAUCGUAUGGUUUAUAUCUGUGCCAAAGUCGCAAAUUUUCGCUCCUCUGUCUCUCAUUCUCAGACGUCGAAUAGUUCACCAAAUAACUUCCAGGAGGAGUGGAAUACAUACAACGAUUGGUGUGAUCAGUGGGCGAAAGCUGCACCACGAUCCAUGAUGCCUGUCGGCUAUCUUCAUCCGUGGCAAACCAGAUCCAAAUCACAAUUUCCUGAGAUCUGGUUGAUCAAGCGAUCCGCGAUAGUCGCUCGAUUAUUUUACCAUGUGUCACGGUUGAUGCUCGCCAGACUUCAUCUCUCGCAAUCUGAAUUCAGCCCCGAAAUGGAGCACAUGCAGCAGCUUCAUGCGCAUGAUAUCUGUGGCAUUGUGGCGCACGUCAAAGAUCGCGGCAUUGCUGGCCUGUCCAUCCAAUUUCUAGCCGUUGCGGCGGAAUGUUUGGUGACGAAGGAGGCUCAAGAAGAAGUGAUCAAGAUACUCGACAGGAUCGUCCAGGAGACCGGCUGGCGCGCUGAACAUAUCCGGAAUGACCUCCAGCAAGCCUGGGGUUGGCAAAUUCCUCAUCAACAGGAAGUUCCAUCUGUUUCCACCGAGACCAUCUCACUAUUCGAUGGUCAUAACCCUUUGCAUGCGUCCGAUACAGCCGACUUACGAUGUCCACCCGGUGCGAUCAAUCCGAUCAUGGCUUAUGCCGAUUUCUCCAUGGAAAACCACCCUUACCAGGAAUACUAUGUCGCACCUCAUCAUCCUAUACAUGAUUUUUCGUACGAUUUGUUCUGA